AUGUGGAGUGAGUGGCGCUGGCUAAUGGUCACGUUGAACGCUGUUGCUGCUCUGUCACCUGUUGUCAAAAUUGGUGCAAUCUUCACAGAGGACUCGAGAGGCGGUAGCGCGGAACUAGCCUUCAAGUACGCGGUAUACAGAAUUAAUAAGGAACGCAGCUUACUGCCGGAGAGUACGCUGGUGUACGACAUACAGUACACCACGGCGAGGGACACCUUCAGAACGUACAAAAAAGCCUGUACUCAGAUCAAGUCGGGUGCGAUAGCUAUAUUCAGUAGCGCGGGUCCGCUGCUCGGAUCGACGCUGUCCGCGAUGUGCAAAUCUCUUCACGCGCCCCAUUUGACUGUGACGCCGCAUUUUAUUGAGGCACUGAACAGCUCGGACUCGUUCACAAUAAACCUGUACCCCUCCCGCGUGCUUAUGGACCAGGCGUUCAAGGACCUCACCGCUUACCUCAACUGGACCAGGAUGGGCAUUAUUUACGAAGAUUACGGUUUCGGUGAAUUGAAUAUCGUACGAUUGGCGCGUGACGGUCGCGAUAUGUACGCGGUACGAGUGGAAACGCGUGAUUACAGACGUGCGCUUGCGCAGCUCAAGUCGCAGCGCAUCAAGCAUAUCAUCGUCGACACCGACCCCAAGCACUUGAGACAAUUGUCCAGAGCUAUCUUACAGUUGCAGAUGAACAACGAGGAUUAUCACUAUAUUUUUACGUCAUUUGAUAUGGAACUCUUUGAUCUAGAAGAUUUCCUCUACAACCGCGUGAAUAUGAGCGGCUGGAGGUUGGUGGACCGUGACUCUGACAAGGUGAAGGACGCGCUGCAGGUUAUGGAGAAGUUUCACCCCAUCGGCGCUUCGAUACUUAGCGGAGGAAAUAUCAAGACGGAGCCGGCGCUGCUGUACGACGCGGUGCAGGCGCUGGCGCUGGCGCUGGCCGCCACCGCCGACGUGCGCGCCGCCAACGUGUCGUGCGACGGCGGGGCGCGCGUCGCGCACGGCGACCUGCUGCGGCAGAACAUCAACAAGGUCCAAGCACACGGCCUGACAGGGCCGAUCGCAUUUACGAAUGGCAUCCGCAGCAGCUUUCAACUGCAACUGAUGAGGUUGUCAGGAGGUGAAGGAGGCAAAGUGGUGCGCGCGGGGGGGUGGGCACCAGAUCAGGGGCUGGUGAUCAGCGAUCCGGCGGCGUAUCGACGAGACCCACCUCCUAAUGUGACACUCACUGUUGUGACUGUUGAGGAGAAACCCUACGUCAUGGUAAAGGAAGGUUGGAACCUCCAAGGGAACGCCAGGUUUGAGGGGUUCUGCAUAGACCUUCUCGCGCGGGUGGCUGCGAGAGCUGGGUUCCAGUAUCGUUUGAGGCUUGUCCCCGAUAACAUGUAUGGAGCUUGGGACCCGGAAACUGGACAGUGGAAUGGAAUUGUCAAGGAAUUAAUGGAAAGGAAUGCGGACAUAGCGGUCGCAUCGAUGACGAUAAAUUACGCGCGAGAAGCAGUCAUAGACUUCACAAAGCCUUUUAUGAAUUUGGGUAUUGGAAUUUUGUUUAAGGUGCCGUCGUCACAGCCCACUCGGCUGUUUAGUUUCUUGAACCCGCUGGCGAUCGAGAUCUGGCUGUACGUCCUGGCCGCCUAUAUCCUCGUCUCCUUCACGCUCUUCGUGAUGGCGAGGUUCUCUCCUUACGAGUGGUCGUCCAGCACACACGUCUGCGGACACGAAACAAAACUCCUGACGAAUCAGUUCAGCGUUUGCAACUCCUUCUGGUUCAUCACGGGGACCUUCUUGAGACAGGGGUCUGGAUUGAACCCUAAGGCGACCUCGACACGCAUAGUGGGGGGUAUCUGGUGGUUCUUCACGUUAAUCAUCCUGUCCUCGUACACCGCCAACCUGGCCGCCUUCCUCACGGUGGAGCGCACCGUGCUGCCCAUACAGAGCGCCGCGGACCUCGCCGCCCAGACCAGCGUGCAGUACGGGACGCUCAACGGGGGCUCCACCAUGACCUUCUUCAGGGACUCGAACAUAGACAUAUACCAGAAGAUGUGGCAGCACAUGUCGACGGCCAGCCCGCCGGCGCUGGUGUCCUCGUACGAGGAGGGCGUGCGGCGCGUGCUGCUGGGCAACUACGCCUUCCUCAUGGAGUCCACCAUGCUGGACCACCGCGUGCAGCGCGACUGCAACCUCACGCAGAUCGGGGGCCUGCUGGACUCCAAGGGUUACGGUAUAGCGACGUGGAAAGGCAGCCCCUGGCGUGACAAAAUCUCGCUCGCGAUCCUGGAGCUGCAGGAGAAGGGCGUGAUCCAGAUCCUGUACGACAAGUGGUGGAAGAACACGGGCGACGUGUGCAACAGGGACGGGAAGGACAGCAAGGCGAACCCUCUGGGGGUGCAGAAUAUUGGCGGUGUCUUUGUCACGUUACUGUGCGGUUUAGUUCUGGCUAUCGUGGUGGCUAUUCUAGAGUUCUGUUGGAACACGAGGAAAAACGCAUCGCAGGGUCGGCAGUCGCUGUGCAGCGAAAUGGGACAGGAGCUGCGCACGGCCAUGCGCGGCGGCUCGUCGCGCGCCGUGCUGCGGGCGGGCUGCGCGCGCUGCUCGCCCGCCGCGCACGUGCCGCACGUGCCGCCCGCGCCCUACGAGGUGCGCACGGACGCGUCGAGCACGGUGGAGCUGAAGGAGCUCCGCUGGUCGUAG